CCUGGGACAAAUUCGUUAAAAAAUUGAGUUGGUUAUAUCGCGAGAGGAAAUUGAAAUGAACAAAUGUUCUUUUUAUGGCUUCAAAGUUGUCAGUGUCAUAUUUUCAAGUAACGAGUCUUGUUCAACAGCGUUGACUUUAGCCAUAAAUCAGUGUGUGGGUUAUCAAAGUGUUUCAUACUCAAGUUCGACCAAAUUGAUUGAAACCCUUUGGCUCAAUUUUAUGUGAAUUUGGAUGCGGGAGAGAUAAAGCAAAGUUUCAAUUCAGGAAACGAUUGGACGCCCAUGAAUCGUCCGUCAAAUCGAAUUAGUUUCACUUUCUGGGAUCAAGCUAAUUCGGAUCGGCUAAUUUCAAUAAUUUCACUCUUCUAUCUAAAAAGGACAAGACAAUGGAUUCCGGUGCAAUUUUCGUACCAUCGAGAAAUGUCUCAUGUGCAGAUGGGCGGGUGGUGCACCUUGACAUGGAAGACACGUGUGAAAGUUUUAAGAUUUUUACUGACGGGUGCAGCUAUUGCUAUAAUCAAAACUGCACGUACGUUGUCAAACGUAACGUUGCUUGUUGGAUAAUUGCUUGUCAUUCCGCAGAUCCAGGAGGCAAAUUCGACUUAUGGUUAGCAGCGGGCGGCUUGUUUUGUCCGAUUGCCGCUUUGGUGGUGCUGGUGCUCAUUUGUGCGAUUUGGCGUUUUGUCAGGCGAGGAAGAACUGUAGUGACAUCUCGGAAAAGCCCAUCUGGAGAAGGAGCGGUUUCAUCCAUAUCCGAUCUGGCCGAUCCAUACUUUUCACUUGGAAGGGAAGAGGGGCUUCCGCCCUUUGGUUUGGCCACUCCGUCUCCCUCUCCACCCGCAUCACCCGCACCCACACUUGAAGAAGAGGAAGAAGAGAGGCUUGUGUCAAUAGCCAUUGCCCAUCUCAAAGCUGAACGAGAGCAAGAGGAUGAAAUGGACCAAAAUAAAAGACCUGUAUAUAAUGAUGAUGGUGAAACUUUUGAUGAAAUAGAUCUUACCCGUUAUUUGAGACUCUUUAUUCCUAAUGGUAACGUCUUCAAAUCACCGUCGCUGUUUUCAAACACAAUACGGCGGGAAACGUAUGGUGUGAAGUUGAACGCAAUUUUCUUUAUAACCGGUGAUACUCCAAUGCCUUUUCUCAAUCGGAAUUGAUCGAUCUUAAGA